CUUAAACAGCCUCUCUAAAUUAUCAACUAUUCGGUUAAUGAUCUUUACCCAAUAUGGCUGAGCCAAAGGUACUUGAUGUGGACAAGCUGAUAGAUGAGAUCCUCGCUACUAAAGGCCCUGCCACGUACACUGAUGGACUGUCAGAGGAUAACUGGGAGCAGGAGCUGGAGUCUAUUCCCCUGUUUAUGACCCGGAGUCCUGGGGAGGUGGACGUGGCCAAGUCCCCCGCCCUGGCCGCCUUACAGGCACUCAAGUACGAGACCAGUACACCACAUGGGCGAGCAAACGCUUACAAGGAGGAAGGUAACGAGAUGUUCCGAAAGCGUCGCUAUCGUGAGUCUCUGAAGGAGUACAGUGCUGGACUGAAGGAGUGUGCAGAGGACCCAUUGCUCAAUGCUGUACUGCUCACCAACAGAGCCGCUGCACAAUUCCAUCUAGGCAACUAUCGCUCUGCCCUCAACGACUCCACUCAGGCCAGGACAGUCAAACCUGAUCAUGUCAAAGCUAUAAUAAGAGGUGCCCUAAGUUGUGUACAGCUAGGUCGUUUCGGGGAGGCCAUAGAAUGGUGUGAUGAAGGGUUAAAGGUCGAACCAGAGAACCAGAAGCUACGAGAGUUACGAGUGAAGGCAACAAAAAACAAGAAGCAGCAAGAUCGAGACAAGAGAAAACAAUCCAUCAGAGAAAAGGAGCAAAAGAAACAGCAGGAAAAGCUACUGUCCACCAUAAAGGCUAGAGGGGUGUGUCUGGAUGGUAGGUCAGGUGACUCGCUGGAGGGAUCUACUCCAUCUGGUGGGCGGGUCCACUUGAACAGUGACGGUCGACUAGUGUGGCCAGUCCUCUUCCUGUAUCCUGAGUAUGGUCAGAGUGACUACAUCGAGGCAAUGCCAGAGACAGACAGGCUGUGCGACCAUCUUGAGAUGAUGUUUGGAGCUGAGCGUGUGCCGUGGGACAGAGAGGGGGUGUACACGCCCACUCAUAUCAAGGUAUACUACGAGCAGGCCAUAACGGAGGCUAUAAAGGAGGUGAAGGUGGAGCUACCACUGGGAGAGCUAUUGACUAUGAAAGGGUUGGUGGUCAAGUGUGGCACUCCUUCAUUCAUCCUACUCUCCACCAAGUCACCAUUCUACAAACACUACCUAGCUAAGAGAACCUGAGAAUAAAUCUCUAUUAUUUAUUUUCCCAUGCAUUCUCUGAUGUCAUGUGUUAAU